CGUGUCAUUUGUAGACGGCUCGCUGGCGGCGUUGCGCACGCUCAUUUUCACGAAAGUCCAGUUGGAGUGUUACUAAUGAACAAAAGUUGAAUGGUUUUAGUCGAAUUUACCGGUUAAUAUUAUAGUUAGGAUAGUUAAAUCUCAAUAAUUCAAAAUGGGAAUCAAAUUCCUCGAAGUCAUAAAGCCGUUUUGCAGUAUAUUACCGGAAAUCGCAAAACCGGAGAGAAAGAUCCAAUUUCGGGAGAAAGUACUAUGGACGGCAAUUACACUGUUUAUUUUCUUAGUAUGCUGUCAGAUCCCCCUAUUCGGCAUCAUGUCGUCAGAUAGCGCGGAUCCCUUCUACUGGAUCCGUGUGAUCCUGGCGUCCAACAGAGGCACCCUCAUGGAACUCGGCAUCUCUCCGAUCGUCACGUCUGGUCUUAUCAUGCAGCUGCUUGCCGGUGCAAAGAUCAUUGAAGUUGGUGACACUCCAAAGGAUAGAGCACUCUUCAACGGGGCCCAGAAAUUAUUUGGCAUGGUGAUCACAGUGGGCCAAGCCAUCGUGUAUGUGAUGACCGGCAUGUACGGCGAGCCCAGCGAGAUCGGCGCCGGCGUGUGUCUGCUCAUCAUCAUCCAGCUGUUCGUCGCCGGUCUUAUUGUGCUGCUUCUGGACGAGCUGCUGCAGAAAGGAUAUGGUCUCGGAUCCGGUAUUUCUCUGUUCAUCGCCACCAACAUCUGUGAAACCAUUGUCUGGAAGGCCUUCUCACCUGCUACCGUCAACACUGGUCGCGGCACGGAGUUCGAGGGCGCCGUGAUCGCGCUGUUCCACCUGCUGGCCACGCGCCCCGACAAGGUGCGCGCGCUGCGCGAGGCCUUCUACCGCCAGAACCUGCCCAACCUCAUGAACCUGCUCGCCACCGUGCUCGUCUUCGCGAUAGUCAUAUACUUCCAGGGCUUCCGUGUAGACCUACCGAUCAAGUCUGCGCGCUACCGCGGCCAGUACUCCUCGUACCCGAUCAAACUCUUCUACACCUCCAACAUUCCUAUCAUUCUUCAGUCUGCGCUCGUCUCUAACCUCUACGUUAUCUCUCAGAUGUUGGCCGUGAAGUUCAGCGGCAACUUCCUGGUGAACCUGCUGGGCGUGUGGGCGGACGUGGGCGGCGGCGGGCCGGCGCGGGCGUACCCGGUGGGCGGGCUGUGCUACUACUUCAGCCCGCCGGAGUCGCUGGCGCACAUCGCGCACGACCCGCUGCACGCCGUGCUCUACAUCAUCUUCAUGCUGGGCUCCUGCGCCUUCUUCUCCAAGACCUGGAUCGACGUGUCCGGAUCCUCGGCUAAGGAUGUCGCCAAGCAGCUGAAAGAACAGCAGAUGGUGAUGCGCGGCCACCGCGACAACUCCAUGAUCCACGAGCUGAACCGCUACAUCCCGACGGCGGCGGCGUUCGGCGGGCUCUGCAUCGGCGCGCUGUCCGUGCUCGCCGACUUCCUCGGCGCCAUCGGCUCCGGCACCGGCAUCCUGCUCGCCGUCACUAUCAUCUACCAGUACUUCGAGAUCUUCGUCAAGGAGCAGGCCGAGAUGGGCGGCAUGAGCACGCUGCUCUUCUAAACUACUAAAUACAAUAUCGUCGGCGGCGACGCUGCAGUUUUAUUAGUUAUUACUCGGUAGCGCCGCCGUCGGCGCUCGUGUGCGCGACGCGUGUGUGGGUUAUGUGCUAUUUAUAUGAAAUGAACUUUAUAAUAAAAUAAUUUACGAGAAGUA